GCGACGCGCCUACGUUCCUCUACCGAGCCCGGGGAGAUCGCGCAAGAGAGAAGAACUAACGACGUCCACCGUUCCCCCGGAGGAAACAGAGGCCGUGUAACGUAUCCGUCUGUCUCUGACUCCCCCUCUCUUUCUCUCCGAACGUCCAAACGUGAGAUCUCCAGCCUACCAUUAAUUGUUAUACAUACCGAUCUGUAGUCAGGAGCCACCCUGUGCGUUCUAUAUAAACGCACAACGCAGCGUGAGCGAUCAAUUUCGGCGAGACACGAUACCCGCUCGUCUUCAAGAUUCCGUUCCUCGCGAAGAUGACGUCCCGCCUGCGCGGCCCCUCGGCGGUGAAGGACACGCCGAGGGCCGCCCCCUUCGCCAAGGAUCACUUCCAUCGCGAGCCGGAAGUGCACUCCGGCCGCUUGUGCAAGAACGGCGGGCGCGGCAAUCGUUAUCACUUUGGCAUGUCGAAGCAUGACAACAAGGCGGAGCGGAACGGGCGGGAAUGCGGCAAGGAGGAUACCAUGGAGGAGGAUAGCGCCGACCUCUUGUACAGGAAGAGCAGGCAGCACUUCGGCACGUGGGAGAUCAAGGACAUCGUGCAGGACGACGGCGUCGGUAGCGGCGGUGCGAAGAGGUCGUCGCGGCGACAAGAGCACGAGGACUCGCGACUGACCAAUGGAAAAUUCAGGAGCGAGCCCGUGGGCGCAAAGCUGAACAAGUCGCAGCAGGACCGCCUGGAGUAUCGGGAUGAAGGAUACGUGGGUUCCUUACCGCGAGAAGAUCGCCCGCGGGGCGAAUCCGUCGAGCGAGAGGCUCUCAACGGCUCUCAUAGAUCCAAGAAGAAAGAGCCUUUUUCUUGGGAGGAUACGGAGCCACGGGGUCGCGGGAGGUCAUCGAAAGUCGGCAGGAGCAACGACAAUAGGGACGACGCGCAGCAGCAGCCGCUCGACGAGCGGGACAUCCUGCUGAAGGAGAUCGAGAGUCUGGCUGUGGACGGCACCCAGUCGCCGGAUCGCAGAAUCCAGGCGAUGAUCGAGCGGCUGAAGUCGCGGGAGGAGAACAAGCUACGCUCUAGGAGGGAGCAGAGAUCACCCAGUCCCGAGAAGGUCGAUAAUCGAUCCAGCGAACGCGGCAAGAGGCCGAAGGACGAUCACGAGGACGAGUUUAGGCCGAGCGAGUCCAAGUUACAGCCCAAUCGUGAGGAGAUUGUUGGACGACACGAUCGAUCGGCGGAGCGGCAGUCGAGGAGUGCGGAGAGACAACAGAGCGAGGUCCUGCUGUCUGACAAGGAGCGUGAGCUUCGCAGGAACGACAGUUUCCGGAAAAGGAGCGACACUUACAACGCCGAAAAGACUCAUCACAGGAGAUCGAAGGAGGAUGAGGACGAGGAUCAGUCGCGGCCGAGAGACAGCUCGAAGAGGAGAAGCUACACUUAUGAGGGCUCGCCGGAGAAUUUUGACGUGAGGAUACAAAGAUACGACCGAGCCCUCCUCGAACCCAGAAGGGACUUGGACCGAAGAAGUUCGCCCAAGGAUCCGAGCCUGAUCAGGAAAGAGUCUCUGAAGGAACAUGAUCGAGAGCCUGUUAGCAAGAAGAAUUCCUUCCGAGCGGAAUCCAAAAGGACCAGCAGCAAGGACCGCGAGUCCAGUCUGACGAGAAGGACGUCGUUCAAGGAUCAGAAUAACGAUGUCUAUAAGAGACAUGUUUCGAAGAAUCCGCUCGAGAUCUCCGUUAAAAGUACGUAUUUCGGCAAGGACCAAGAGGAUUUGUGUCGCAAGGAUUCUUUCAAGGAUACAAACGUGGAAACAGGCAGGAAGGGUUUUCUCAAAAUGCAGGAGAGUGCGUUUGAAAGAACCUAUCUGAAGGAUUCCACGCACGACGACGUGGAGCGGAAAGUUUCUUCCAAGGAGCAUUCAGGUGGCGUCAGCAGGAUCGUGCUGAGGAAUUUCGAUGACGAAUCAGGCAGGAGCAACUCGUUGAAGCACACUAGCGAGAAUUCCGGUAAGAGGAAUUCGUUUAAGGAAAAGAGCAUCGAGUUCGGCGGAGUUUCAUACAAGGACCACGCGAAUGACUCAGAGAAGAGGAACAGUUUCAAGGAGGACGAGGAGGGGAGUCCCGGCCGAACGCUCUAUCACGAUUACGAUAACAACAUCGACAGGAAGACCGCGAACGAGCGGUACAUCGAGUUCGGCAAGGUAUCCUUCAAGACGCAGGACGAUGAGCUGCACGCCAGCCCGUUCAAGGAGACGGACAACGCGACGACGGUCAACAGAACGAGUUCCUUCAAGGAGCGCGACGCCUCCGCGAAGAGACGCGCGUCCCUGCGCAGCAGAGGUCGAGAGGAGCUCGACAAGAAAUCAGACAGACACUCGAGGCCGCUGACGCCGCCGGGUCGGAAGGACGAGUCCUUAGAGAGCCGCGAGGACAGCGGCGGCAAGGAUCCAAAAGGCUUUAGCGCCAAGUCCUGGUACGAGAGCAACCGGAUGUUCUCCGCCAAGUACCUGCGGGAACACAGCAAAGUGCGUGGCGCGCCCGAAGGACAACUCGACGUCGACGUCUCGCCCGAGCGAGGACUCGCGCUCCUGCCGGACACGAAGACCGCGAUCGAGGUGUUCGCGAAUGAUCCUGAGGAGCGGGAGGAUCGCUCCGGGACGCGCGGCAAGGUCGACCCGGCCGACGGUGAGCCGCACUUCUCGGCCACCAGCGAGCGCAACGGCGCGACCAUCAUCAGGAUACGAUCCUCGGAGGACUCCACCGGCGCGGAGCGAUCGCGCCGUCGGCGUCGCGUCGCGCAGGAAGUGUGCGCAGUGAGACGUCGCGUCAGGGCGUAUGGGGACGAGGACGACGAGGACAGCGACGAGGACGAGGCGGAGGAGGAGGAGGAGGAGGAGGAGGAGGAGAAGAAGAAGGAUCGCCGGCGGUGGACUCGAAGGGACGGCGGAGUCCUGCCGGGGAGGAACGCCGCCGGCGGCGGCAGCGUCGGCGACGCGACACCCUCGAGAACGAUGUGGAAUUACCGCGAAGGGGGCGUCCUCAUCACGGACGUGGAGGAAGGGCAGCCUUGUUUACAGUGCGGGGAAAUGUGUCCCGGAUUUUCGCCGCACGCUUGGAGGAAAAACUGCACCAGCUGCAAGUGUCCGCGAGAAGCCCACGAUGUCUGCCACGAAGAGUGGGUGUCCGUCAGGUCUCGUCUGGGUCUUAAAGGCGACGAGUCGAGCGGACCAAUCGGCGUGGACCCCAGAGAGAGAGGCCUCGCUUGGGCGCCACCUGGUCUUGCAUCGCAUAAGGUGGAAGAGUACUUCUCGAUGCUGCCGGAGAUUGCCAUGCCGAGACUCGGUACGCCCGGCGAGCGUCACAGGGAUCGUCAGUUGGCGAUUCAGCUGCCUAAGCAAGACUUAGCGAGGGCCUAUUGUCGCCACUUGGACCCCAAACACGCCAGCAGCGCUGAUGAUUUCAUGGCCGCCAGGAACGAGAUCGCCCUGGACAUCGGGAGUGUGCAGGAGGUCCUUGAGAGAAAUCUCGAGUGCGGUGUGUGCCAAUCGGCCCUUAAGUAUGGCAGUCUCGCUGUGUCAGCCAGCAAACUAGGCCUACUCUAUCAUCCGGCGUGCUUCGGAUGCGCGGAUUGCAAGGAACUCCUGGUUGAUCUCGCUUAUUGCGUGCACGACGACACGCUUUUCUGCGAGAGGCAUUACGCGGAACAGCUGAAGCCAAGAUGCGCCGCGUGCGACGAGUUGAUUUUCAGUGGCGAAUACACGAAGGCGAUGAACAAGGACUGGCACAGCGGCCACUUCUGUUGCUGGCAGUGCGACGAAUCCCUGACAGGACAGCGCUACGUCCUCAGGGACGAGCAUCCCUACUGCAUUAAGUGUUACGAGAGCGUGUUCGCCAAUGGCUGCGAGGAAUGCAACAAAAUCAUCGGCAUCGACUCCAAGGAUCUGUCAUACAAGGAUAAGCAUUGGCACGAGGCCUGCUUCCUCUGCAACAGGUGCAGAGUGUCCUUGGUGGACAAACAAUUCGGCAGCAAGGUGGACAAGAUCUACUGCGGCAACUGCUACGACGCUCAAUUCGCUAGCCGUUGCGAUGGAUGCGGCGAGAUCUUCCGCGCUGGCACCAAGAAGAUGGAAUAUAAGACCAGACAGUGGCACGAGAAGUGCUUCUGCUGCGUGGUCUGCAAGAACCCGAUCGGCACGAAGAGCUUCAUCCCGCGCGAGCAGGAGAUUUACUGCGCCGGCUGUUACGAGGACAAGUUCGCCACUCGGUGUGUCAAGUGCAACAAGAUCAUCACCAGCGGCGGCGUGACGUACAAGAACGAGCCGUGGCACAGAGACUGCUUCACCUGCAGCAACUGCAACAACUCCCUGGCGGGUCAGCGAUUCACGUCGCGCGACGACAAGCCGUACUGUGCCGAUUGCUUCGGCGAGCUCUUCGCCAAGAGAUGCACCGCUUGCUCCAAGCCAAUUACCGGUAUCGGCGGCACUCGCUUCAUCUCCUUCGAGGACAGGCACUGGCACAACGAUUGCUUCAUCUGCGCGGGCUGCAAAACCUCGCUGGUCGGGCGCGGCUUCAUCACCGACGGCGACGACAUCAUCUGCCCCGAGUGCGCCAAGAUGAAGCUGAUGUAAGGGAGCUUCAGCGCGGCCUCGCUACGACAACGUGAACGACAACGGGCUCGACGGGUAGCGAAGCGAAGGGGGUGAGCAAGGACGAUUAGGAGAGCGGAGGACGGGCAUCCGGGGUGCAGCGCCGCGACGAGCGCAUAAUCGUCAAACCAACUCCACCGCGUGCCGUGAAGAAGGAAAGAAAACCAAGAAAAAGGAACACACACAAAGAAGGAGAGAGCGUCGUCGCGACUUCGCACGGACUCGAACGCGACGCGGACGCGACGCACGAACGACGGACGGGGAGCUUAGUAGAGCUUUCGUAGAGCUUCGCCUGGACGACACAGCGACAAACGUGACGAAGUAAAAAAAAGCGUAAUAAUAAAUAUUGCGAACAAAAAUAAAAGAGAGAGAGAGAGAGAGAGGAGGGAGGCGAAGGGAAAGGGGAUGGAGGAGUUCGCGUUCGCUCAUAUAGUAGCUUUAUCUUAUAAGCAAGCCCUCAACGCGCGUCCCGACGGGAUCGUUCACGCCGACUUCUCUCUCCGCAAUUUCUCCCGAGAACGACCUUCUUCCCUCGCCUCGAUCGGGGAUCUCGUGAACACCGAUCGAUCGGCGAGGAAGAAGAAGAAGAGGAAGAGGAGGACGUCGGCGCGAUGCGGGAUCGACGGGGUGGAUCGUCUUCUUUCUAGCUCAGUAGUCGUAGCGACAUUAGUCUGUUUGUUCUUGUCGGAUUUUCGUUCUGCGUGUGCUUCGUGAAGAAUUCGCCAAUGAUUCGUGUCCGUCUUAUAUAUACGCGAGCGACACAAACGAUCCGCUCGAUCGUCGUCGCGCCCAGCGACACCGAGGAGUCGAAGCUGGAUCGAAAUUUCGGGUCCCUUCGGGCAGCGAGGAAGGGAGAAGCUGGCCAAAUAGCUCGACGAUGAAAAGCAGGAGGAGGAGGAGGAAAAUCAAAUCGCCUUAGCGUAACAACGCGACGUCGAGCGCGGGUCCCCGCGCGUCCUCGUGACGUUACUAAUAUUGAUAUCGUUUUCGCUUUGUACAACGGUAGAGAGACAUGCGCGCGUACGCGCCAAGAGAGUCCUAUACAUACAUAUAUGCAUAUAUACUUAUAUAUAUAUAUUCUUACAAAAAACUAAAUUUUAUAUACACACAUACACAACGAUAUUGUACUUCCGCUCGAGACAAAAAAAGAAAACGCGACAGUGCGACACGUACACUUGCUUCCAAUAAGUCCCUUGAUGCAGCUUGGAACGCAGCCAAUGGUCCACAUGAGAGAAUUUAACUUCUCCGAAUUGAUCUAGAAUAAGUUCGCUCAUUGGACCAUCGGCUGCAUCCCAAAUCGUAUUGAGAAAUCAGAUGAAAGUGUUCAAACCGUAUUGGCACUACAUGUGCUCGUUUGCACUACGGCUUGUACAGUCGUGGACUAAAAGGUUUCCAAUUCUUUGUUUUCAACUCAUCCAUCUUUUCCAGUGGCAGCAUUCCCCCGUCGGAAAACGAAUUCUUCCAUUGGACAAGACGGAGAGUUCACAAACUCAUCCCGAAAAUUAUGGACAACCUUUUAGUCCACAACUGUACACGCUUUUUCUGAUGAAGACAGGAGCACUUCAAAUGAUUAUGAUUGCGAACCACCGCUUGCACGGUAAUCAAUUGACACAAAACGACAGAAGUCACAGUGAAAUGGUGAUCCUUUAUUGUACUCUUACCUGAUAGAUAACAGUAUAAUAGAAAUACAUUUUUCCUGAAUCCUCCGUUGGAGUUGAGACGUCCAUUGUCUCGUAUUACCACAUAAGCUCGUGAACAGUGGCUCCCAGUCAUGGCAAUUCAAUGCGCUCCUAAUCUCUACGGAAAAGGCAAAAGCCAUCGUACAAACGAAUGUACAUUUGGCUGCGAUUUGGACACUUCUCUCUCGAUGUGAUUUGGGACGCAGCCGAUUGACCGAUGAGAGAACUUUACUUCUGGAAACUGCAAAUCAAAAGCAAAUCCUCUCAUUGGACCAUCAGUUGUGUUCCAUUGAGAAAAGAAAGGUGUGUUGAAACCAAGUGUACAUGCGCGUCACGGCGACGCAAACUCGCCAGUAAUACACUAUCACUACUACUAUUACUCUACUACUACCACUAUUACUACUACUGUUAUUGUUGCUACUACUACUACCACUACCACUACUACUAUUAUCACACUACCACCUUCCUCUCUCUCUCUCUUUUUUUCUCUCUGUUUCUCUCUCUCUUUUUCCCUGUUUACAACGCCGUACAGCUGUGGUACUUAACCAGCCGAAUGCUCUAUGAUCCCCCCGCCGAUCCCGCCAUUAAUUUUCCCGAGCACAAACGCGCAAGAAGGAGAAACAAGUCCUCGGUUGUGAGGUGGCUGUUCUCUCUUCCGAGUCCUUCUCUCCCCUUUCUCUCGCCCGUCGAGAGAGACAGGCGCUCACUGUCGUAAGGAUCCGUCAUCGACCCGUGUGAAUCACACAUACACAUCACACGUCACAUGCAACAUACGUACACAUACGACACUACACGACGCUGCAGGCAUUUCUCGCACUAACACAUGUCAGAGGAAGUUUAUCGAGGAAGAAGAAGAAGGGGAAGGGAUAGAGAGAACGAAGGAAGACGCAAUGGAGACACAUACACACAUACACGAAUAUAUUCACACCACAGGCAUACAAUACACACACAACCAGCAUACUAAUGCGUACGGGUGUGCGGCGGACGCACACGCGGAAACACUAAUUGUGGCCUUAUCCGCACGAGUACUGUAGGAAUAUAUAAAAAAAAAUAAUAAUAUAAAAUAAAGUAAAACCCACACAUAUACACACAUACACAGAGGAACUAACGUCUCACAGUAUAAUUUACUUCGUUACAAGAUACUUAAUAUCAAAUCUAUUGUAAUACAGAAACACGAACGAAAGUAAGUGUAACGCCGCGUGAACCGAGUCCACGUGCGAGCGACUCGCGCGUGAGAGAAAACUGUCCGAGAGACAGGGAGGAGGUCCGAGAAGGUCCGAAGUGUACGUUCGGACUCGAUCACACACGACCAAGAUACGAGUCACAAUGUGCUAUAAUAUUAUAAUAUUAUGUAUGUUCCGACGGAGUCACUUACACACUAAUCGCCUUAAUUAGUAAACUAUUAAAAUAUAAAAAAAAAA